GAGAGAAAGAAAUAUAUUAUGAAGGUGGCUGUCAAAUUAUCUGUCAUCAUUACAUACAGUUUAUUUUGUGCAAGAUAGGUCACCGUUUUAAUGGAAAAUAAUGCCAGUUAAAGUUGAUAUAACUCCACCUCCCCCUGCAAACUCAAAACAACCCGGUGUAACAAAGUCAUUACUAUAUAACGGAUCAAAAUUUCACGGUCAUCAAGCAUCCAAAGGAAACUCUUAUGAAGUUGAAGUAGUUUUACAGCAUGUUGAUGAGGAAAAUUCAUACCUUUGUGGCUAUCUUAAGAUUAAGGGACUAACAGAAGAAUUUCCGACACUAACCACGUUUUUUGAUGGCGAAAUUAUAUCAGCAAAAUAUCCCUUUCUCACAAGAAAAUGGGACGCUGAUGAGGAUGUUGACAGAAAACAUUGGAGUAAAUUUGACCUAUUUGUACCAUACUUGAAGACAUUUAAUUCCGAUUCAUUUGACUAUGACACUCUUGAAAAAGCGGAUUAUGUAUUUAUGAGAUGGAAAGAACAUUUUCUUGUGCCGGACCAUACAAUAAAAGAUAUAAAUGGUGCUUCAUUUGCUGGUUUCUAUUACAUAUGCUUCCAUAAGUCUGCUGCCACAAUAGAGGGUUACUACUACCAUAGAAGUUCUGAAUGGUAUCAAUCUUUGACUUUAAGUCAUGUCCCGGAACACAGCAUCCAAAUUUAUGAGUUCAGAUGAAAUCACAAAAUGGAAACUUUCAAAUUUGGAUGGAUAUUUGUUUCCGAUAGUACUUACAUAUUAUUAAGUUGUAAUUUCAUGAUAUAUUCAAAAAGACAAAGUAUCAAUGUUAAGUUUGUGUCCAAACUAGAGGCUGGGUGAUAAAAUAGAGAUUAUACUCUGAACAAAAAACCCAGUAAAUAUUUCCGAUAUUCUUCUUUACAAUAAAUUUCAAGCUGUUCUUGCAUAUACUUCAGGUAGAAAAUUGAUAGGCAUAUUAAGCAUCUUUUAAAUGUCACUGAGCAAUGCAAUGCCAUGCUAAAAAUUUUUUUUAAGCAUAAGGCUACCCUAAGUAGUGAAAUUUUUGUGUCACCAAGAUAUCUUAAGUAUUGUCAUUGUGAUAUUUUGUACAAAAUAUUUACUCAUAAGGUUAAUGCUUAGUUUUGUAAAAUGUUGCCACUAAAUACUAGAAUAUA